AGCUCGGCAGACCGCGAUGGAGGACUUGAACUAGACAACAUGAAACCAACUUUUAAAAUGAGCUAUGACGACUCAAGGUAGCAUCCUCAUCAUUAAAAGGAGGAAGACUUGACCGCACGUAACAAAACACCAAAGUUGUCAGCUGAGCCAAAAGCUUCCUAGUAAACACAGCGAAGCAAACAAAUUCCACAGCUGGUCUGGGCGACCUCGAGGAAAGCGUCUCUGGAGAAAGUCGCCAAACACCCCUCCCCAUUCCCAAGGGCUCAAAGUUACGCUUAUGACACUUUUGGCACUCGACCAUUGUUUUGUUUUGUUUUCAAAUUCGCCAAGCCUUCUCCUGCCUCAUCUACAAUCUCUGACUAUGCAGCUCUCAGAACAAGUGUAGCCCUCUGAGGAGAUCUUUAAUUAUUACCUCUUAAAAUGAAGCAGUAAAUCCCCCCCCCCCCUCUCUCUAGAGUGAUCCUUAUGCAAGACUGACCUGCACCAGUGGUGAAUCUUUGGUUAAUAUUUCCAACUAUGUUUAUUUUGUACUUUGGGGAUAUCUAAUUUACGCAGUCUAAAUACAUUUGGUAACAAAGACAGGAAAGAAAAGCACUUCUGUUAACAGCACAAACAUUCAUUCAAACGAAGGAUCCUUUGAGUCUUGCACAUGCUCAGUUUGUUCAGUCAUUAAAACAUUCUAUACUUCGUAUUAUUAACUCCUUGGACAAAGCCAGAGCAAUUCUGAAUUCAAGACAUUUUGAUUAUUUUGGAACUGCAACAUGUAAAAGUACAACCAUGACUGGCAGCUCACAUAGACGUCUCUCGUAAUGCCAUAAUGAGCAGUAUAGCUGGACUCAAGUACUGAACAGAGCCUCAUCCUCAUGUCCACAUAAAUCCGACUUAAACGUGAAGUCUUCUACACAAACUAAAAUCAGGCGUACCCAGGAGAGCCCGGAGCUCUCUGUUAGGCCGUCUGCCGAGUGUCAGUUCAAACUCCCUUUUUUAAUUUCGCCCACGCCUGUGCAUGGUGCAAGGAUGUCCCUAAACUCUGCCCGCUGUUCUUGAGAAAGAGACCAAGGAGGAGGAGACAGGGUAGGAAAUGACAGAGUGCCUGACAGAAUGCAAAGCGCUGGUGACUCCGUCCACGCGCAAUGGCCACCGCGUCUUCAGCUACACACUAGAGAGCCACACGGCGGCCGCCUUCGCCAUCAUGAACGAGCUGCGUCUGGAGCGCCAGCUGUGCGACGUCACUCUGCGUGUGCGCUACAAAGACCUGGAGGCGGUGGACUUUGUGGCUCACAAGGUGGUGUUGGCCUCCUCGUCCCCGGUCUUCAGGGCCAUGUUCACCAACGGCCUGAAGGAGUGCGGUAUGGAGUUGGUGUCCAUCGAGGGGAUCCAUCCCAGGGUCAUGGACCGUCUGAUAGAGUUUGCCUACACAGCCAGCAUCUCCGUGGGGGAGAAGUGUGUGAUUCACGUGAUGAACGGGGCUGUCAUGUACCAGAUAGACAGCGUGGUCAAGGCCUGCUGUGAUUUCCUCGUCCAGCAGCUCGACCCCAGCAACGCCAUCGGCAUCGCCAACUUCGCCGAGCAGAUCGCUUGCACGGAGCUCCACCAGAAGGCCCGCGAAUACAUCUACAUGAACUUCAGCCAGGUGGCGACCCAGGAGGAGUUCUUCAACUUGUCCCACUGCCAGCUGGUCACCCUCAUCAGCCGCGAUGAGCUCAAUGUGCGCUGUGAGUCCGAAGUCUUCCAGGCAUGUGUGGCCUGGGUGCGCUACGACCGGGAGAACCGGCGACCAUACGUCCAGGCGUUACUCCAGGCUGUCCGCUGCCAUUCCCUCACCCCCAACUUCCUGCAGGCCCAGCUCCAGUCUCUUGACUGGGACCCCCAGUGUAAAGAUUACCUGGCCCAGAUCUUCCAGGAUCUCACCCUCCACAAACCCACCAAAGUCAUUUCUUGCCGAACACCUAAGGUGCCGCAGCUCAUCUACACAGCAGGGGGUUAUUUCCGUCAGUCUCUCAGCUACCUGGAGGCGUAUAAUCCCUGCACAGGAGCCUGGCUGAGGCUGGCUAACCUGCAGGUGCCUCGCAGUGGACUAGCAGCCUGCGUGAUCAGUGGGCUUUUCUACGCUGUUGGUGGAAGAAACAACGCGCCUGAUGGCAACAUGGACUCGAAUGCAUUGGACUGCUACAAUCCUAUGAACAACUGCUGGUUGCCGUGUGCGCCGAUGAGCGUACCCAGGAACCGGAUUGGAGUUGGUGUCAUCGAUGGCAUGAUAUAUGCAGCUGGUGGAUCACAUGGGUGCAUUCAUCACAACAGUGUUGAAAGGUAUGAUCCAGAAAGGGACCAGUGGCAUCUCGUAGCCCCAAUGUUGACACGGCGUAUCGGUGUGGGUGUUGCAGUCAUUAACCGGCUGCUUUACGCCGUGGGGGGGUUUGACGGGGCCAACCGGCUCAGCUCCUGUGAGUGCUACAACCCUGAUAGGGACGAGUGGAAGACUAUGGCCGCCAUGAACACUGUGCGCUCCGGAGCUGGUGUGUGCUCACUGGGGAAUCACAUCUUUGUGAUGGGCGGCUACGAUGGCACCAACCAGCUGAACACAGUGGAGCGCUAUGAUGUGGAAACUGAUACGUGGAGCUUUACUGCCUCCAUGAGGCACCGACGCAGUGCUCUGGGAGUCACUGCAUUACAUGGACGCAUCUAUGUAUUGGGAGGUUACGAUGGAAACACUUUCCUGGACAGCGUGGAGUGUUAUGACCCUGAGAAGGACACCUGGGCGGAGGUGACGCACAUUACGUCAGGGCGGAGCGGUGUGGGUGUGGCCAUUACCAUGGAGCCGUGCCAGAAAGAACUGCCACAGUGUCUGAAUUCUGAGAGGGAGAUUGGGACCUCGUCACCGACCUAUCAGUCCUCCAACUCCGACUUUAACUCUCAUCACAAUCUGCGGCACAGUGCGCCCUUCGGCAAAGGCGCAUGAGGCUCAUCGCUCAGUCACACACACUCACACACACUCACACACACUCACACACACUCACACACACUCACACACACUCACACACACACACACACACACACACACACACACACACACACACACACACACACACACACACACACACACACACAGAGAGAGCGAAGCAUCCCAAAACUCCAAUCUGUCUUCCUAAAUCAAAAGAAAAACCGUGACAACUGAUUAGAGACCGAGUUGAUCUGAAACACGACACGCUGCCUCACUGGUUCUAGAGAUCACACUUGACGUGAAAGCAAAAAAACUAAAUCGGUAACACUUUAUUUUAAAAGUGCCGUAUAAGGUGAACAAAAUUAUUUCAGUGUCCGCAUUGGACUCGUAUAACCCCUGAUCUCACAGUCUUUUACUUUUCUAGACCUGAAAGUUGAAGAAUUUGUUUGUUAUAAUCUGUGUUCUGCCAAAUCUGAGAGACCUCAGUCUGUCUGUGUUUUCAGUUCUGGUGUUUGAAGUCCACAGUCGAACCAUCACCUCCCAGGUUUGAGCCAUGGGAGGAAAGGGCUGCAUACUUUAAAAAACAACAACAACAAAAAACCGGCCUUUUACUGGCUCAAAGAGUCACCGGGGGGCUCGCUACACUUCAAGAUAAAGUGAAAUCUGAGGGGAGAAAGAUUAAUAAUUCAAAUAGUCUCAUUGUAUAACAAAAAAGUAGCAUUUGUCAGCAUAGGCAGAGUUCAAAGUGCCAUUACAAUGCCUGUGGACAUUACUGUCAUCAUUGAGGUGCUUUAAUAGAAAGGCACAGACGGUAACUGUAGUGUGUAAACAUUGGUCACGGUAACCCAGACAGCCACAAGAUGAAGCUUUUACUUGAGAAUGGGCCUCAUGCAAGAACAAUUUCUGUAUCCUCGCCCUUAACGUCUCUUAUUUUUGCUUGUAGGUGCCACAUUCAGCAAACUGCACAAACUCGUUGUGAAUUUUAGCUUGAUGAAUGCCUCCUGUUCAUUUGCGGGAUUUCCAUCAUGAGUGUAAUCGGCACACCCACAUUGGUAUAUGAGGCUAAUUGUUCUGCUCUGUGGGAAAGUUUCAUUCACAAAAGAAGGGGCGAUCAGGGGCAGCAUGACACUCGGGGAGAUGGGUGAGAAAGUAUAUUGCAUUAAACAGAAGGGGAUGUUACAGUGUUGGCUGUUAUAACAGAGGGUGUCCAUCUUGUGCAGAAGUCUGACUCACAGGAUGUAGACUGUGCGUAUAUGCUUGCCGUUGGCCUUUCAUUUUAGAUGGAAUUCUCUUCCCUUUCUGCUUUCUAUGUUGCAGGGGGGACUGUCAUUGCAUCCUGGGUUUAGCGCAGCCCACAACGAUUAUGGUUAGUUGAAAGAAAUGCCCUUCAGCCAGACUUUUCUCCAAUGCUGCCACAGCGCUAAAAAGAAGUUGGAGAUGGGUCUGGCUAUGCGAGACUACCUGAACAGUGACGUGCAUAAAAACCCAGAGGCAGAUGUUGGCGUCUUUUCCGAGCAACUGCUGAAUUGUAUAAGAUGUCAUUCAAAAAUAUGGCAGUAAAAUCUCUAGAAAAUAAACUAUUUUUAAGAUUUAAGAUAUUUGCGUCAUGGCCCGCCAAUUUACAAAUACAGUAAACUUAUUUAUUUUAACAGUUUAUUUCUGCAACACAUUUAAACUCCAGAUAUAUUCAUAUUAAGUCAUAACUCUUCAGACAAAUGUAUCUAUACGUGACUCUUUUUUUUGUGCGCGUUAUUUGACAGGACAGUGUAGAAAUGUGGGCGGGGGGUGGAGGGGUAUUGCAUGCUUCACAGGUGACCAGGCUGGAAUUGAACCCGGGACGAUGUGGCAUGUGCGAAUACCACUCAGCUGCCGAUGCGCUCCUCUUUUGACUCCAUUUAGGAUUGAAUGUACAUACGAGUGGUUCUUGCAUGAGGUCCAAAGUCUCACAUUCAAGUGCUGGUACAAGAGAAGCAGAACCUUUUAUAAUAACGGCAUUGUAACAAAUGUGUUAUUUCACUAAUAGCUACUGGUAGGUUAAAAAAUUUGAUUUCUUUUUUUUUUUUUUUGGUUGGAGGUUGUCAAAUGAUUGAGGGUUGCUUCUUGUAAAGCUGUCAGAGAAUCUGGUUCAGUAAUUGCUGUGCCAAGAGAAUGAAGAAACAGGUUUUGACUGUGUUUAUAGGAAACAAAAUACUGUAGCAUUUAAAAACUUGGAUUCAAACAUCUCACUGAAUGUGUUUUAUUAAAAGCACUGACUGACAGCUCUCCCUACAGUUGACUUUUUGGUUUUCACUUCCACCAGACCUCAGAAACAGAAGUGACCAUGUUUGUGCAUUAGUGUUCAGAUAAUGUACGCUAAUGACAACAACUUGCUUAAAGAAGUGUAUUUGUAACAGCAAUUUAAGCUACAAAUGUUUUUAAGUGAUGUUUUGUACAUUGAUAUUCUAAGAAGUCUUGUACAGAAUUUCAGAGCUCACUUUUUUAUUUAUUUGUUCAGAAUCCUUUUGGUUUUCUUGUUCCUCUAAACUGACAUCAGCUUUGUAUUGAAUUGGACUCUGGUGUUGUGUUUUUGAAUAACUAGCAUGCAUUGUAACUAAGUAGACACACCUGUUAAUGCUAAUUUUGGAUGUUUGUAAAGAAAAAAAAUUGCUUACUUUCAAAAGGGAUUUUUUUUUUUUCCUGUUUUUUCAGUCGGUAGUUGGAAUGGAAAUUAGAAUAUUUAAGGUCUGCUUUGUACAUUUUCUUUUUCAGCAAAAAAUACUCUGUACAAUAAUAAAUUGUAAAGUAAAAUAUAUGUUUAUUGUA